UUGCUCAACUCGACCCAAUWAAGCUGAAUAUUUUUCAAAAAAAAGUACCAAAAACAGYUCUUCUAGGACAURCUUGAUCGUACGAAUUUAGAUCCCACAUUCAUGGAGAGCAUUAUAACUGCCGAUGCGACAUGGGUUUAUGAGUUUGACAUACAAAUAAGUCAACAAUCAUCGAAAUGGUGGGAAAGAGAGACGAUUGUGACCGAAUUUAAACCCAAAAWCGCAAUUAAUACCAUYGACCAACUACAACAAAAAUCGCUGAAGGAACUGAAGGCCAGCCCAAAARGUGUUUAUGAAAAGUGUUUCGAAGAUUGYGGUGGGGAUUACAUUGAAGGCGAYAAAAUAAAUAUUUGUUUACAAUUUCCGGGUACAAAAAAACAUAGCAUAAAGCAAAUGUUCUCAUUUCAGCGCGAAGAUUUUCAAAAUACACCUAUUGUGAUGAAGUGGGUUCUUGUUGAGACCGGAGCACGAAGGCUAAAGAAUUACCAGCUCUUUGGUGAACAUGAUACAGUCAAUAAUUUGCCAGCACUACAGUUUCCACAGUAUGAAAAUAAUUCUAAGCCGAUUUGGUCGAAAAGCGAUGCAUUCGAUAGUGAUCCAGCAACACUGCCAAUCUGCUCAAAGUGUUAUGGGAAUUAA